UCCCCAUAUCAUAUGCCCUCGAAGUUAUCGAAUACUUUAUUUAUACUGUCAUUUGAUUUCAUGUCUAUACUAAAUUAUUAAUUUAUAGGAUACUCGGAAGUUCCUCAAAGGACGUGCGGAGGGUACCUGCCGACGUCACCCUAGAGCAGAAAAAACGGCCUCUUCUUUUCCGCGCGGAGCGCAGUUCGCCCUUCUCCUUUCAGCACCGGAUACCGUCCGACGCCUACGACUCCGUGCGUCUCGCUCCUGGGACAAGAUAAAAAAAAACUAACAUUUUAACGGACCUUGAUCACGAACAAACCUUUACAAUGAGUUAUUGACUCUCUCAUUUAGUCACAAGUCACCGAACUCCAUGGACGAAAUAUAUCCAUAUUAAAACGUUCUUUAAGUUUUUUUGAAUUUCCUUUUUGACUGUUGGGCUAUGUGUGUCGGUUGUUUUUACUUCAUAUAAUGUGGAUGUUACCUGUGUACGUGGCUGGAGGAUGAGCGCCGGCGUGGGGGCGACAGGGGACGCGACAGUAACUCAUAAUAUGCAGUCAAGAUCGUUCACAGCUUUGUGGCAGUUACCUGUGGCGCUGAUGUAUAGGCCAAGCCUGUAGGGUAGACCAGGCUGAGCCCCCUGAUGAGUUGAGUCCCCCGCCCCUCCUCUCCCAGCGUAGCCAGGUGGGAUGUCCCAGAUGUGUGUCCUCUUAUCUCUGCUCACCCUCUCUGGCUACACCCAGGUCUCCUCGGCUAAAUCUCUGAAGCUCCUGAUGGAACAAUGGACGAGCUACAAGAACCAGUGUUCUCAGAGCAUCGUCACCACGCCUCCCGCCUCAGGACUGGUGUGUAACAGGACGUUUGACCAGUAUGCCUGCUGGCCCGAUGGACUUCCUGGAACAACAGUCAAUGUUUCCUGUCCAUGGUACCUGCCCUGGUACCGCAAAGUUCAGCAGGGUGUGGUGUAUAGAGUGUGCAGUGGGGACGGACGCUGGGCCCCAAAGAACACCAGUGAGUGUGAGCAGGACGACCCAGGACAGGUGAGAGAGCAGCACUAUGGUAGCAUCCUCAGUAAGUUUCGGGCCAUGUACACAGUGGGCUACUCCCUCUCCCUCGGAGCCCUGGUACUGGCUCUGGGCAUCCUGGUCUCAUUCAGGAAGCUUCACUGUAUGAGGAACAACAUCCAUAUGAAUCUGUUUUCCUCCUUCAUCCUGCGUGCUGUCUCCAUCCUGAUUAAAGAUGUCCUGCUAGACUCCCUGUCCGUCCCCCUGGCCCCCGGGGCUGACACCCACCAUCAGACGGUUGCCGGGUGCCGUAUCGCCAUGGUGAUGAUGCAGUACAGCGUCAUCGCCAACAACUAUUGGCUGCUGGUGGAAGGCAUCUACCUGCACAGCCUCCUGGUCAUCACCGUGUUCACUGAGAGAAACUACUUCUGCAUCUACCUGUUUAUCGGCUGGGGUGCUCCUCUGAUAUUCGUGUUGCCGUGGGUGAUAGUCAAAUACCUGUACGAGAAUGAAGAGUGCUGGGAGAGGAACAUCAACAUGGGUUACUGGUGGAUUAUACGCUCUCCCAUCCUGUUAGCUUACCUGAUGAAUUUCUUUAUCUUCAUCCGGAUUAUAAAGAUCCUGAUGUUGAAGCUCAAGGCCCAUCAGAUGAGAUACACAGAUUACAAGUUCAGGCUGGCUAAAUCCACUCUGACCCUCAUCCCUCUGCUGGGUAUUCACGCCAUCCUCUUCACCUUAGUCAUCGAUGAGUCCGUCCCCAAAGGUUCCAAGAUGCGUCUCAUCCGCCUCUUCUACGACCUCCUCUUCAACUCCUUCCAGGGCCUACUGGUGGCCAUCUUGUAUUGUUUCGUCAACAAAGAGGUCCAGUCUGAGAUGUUGAAAAAGUGGAAGAGGUGGAAGCUGGGUAAAGACAUCGAGGAAGAGUACCGUCAUACAUACAGCCACUCGCCGCACGUCAAGAGCGGUAGCAUCGUCACCGGCAACAUGGCCGGUGUCCAAGACAACGGCAGCAACCCUAAAGACUCACAGUUAACCCCCAACCCCGACUACGACCCAGAUCCUAACCCUGCCUCAACCUCCAUCACCCCCAAUGAGAGCAGUAGAUUGGUGGGGUCCAGCCACAACAGGACGGAUAAAGCAAAGACUCAAUCCUCCCUGCAGUGUCCCUCCACACCACACGGUGGCACUAACAACUGCAGCACUCUGAUGGAGAACAUUUGUCUGGAGGAGAGGGCACAGAGUUAUGCACGCCCAGAGGAGGGCGCAGAAAGCAACUUCUGACCAACGGGGGAAGACCAUCCCCGGCCUAUGGAUUGAUUGAUUGGUUGAUUGAUAGAUUGCUAAAGUGUUCGGGUGUAGAAAGAGACAACACACCUACUGGAGGGGACCGUUAAUGCACUGCAGGUCCAGAUCCUAUGGAUUGAUUGAUUGGUUGAUUGAUUGAUUGGUAGAUUGAGUGAUUGGUUGACUGCAGGUCCAGAAGACUUGAUGGUCUGAAAAUAUGAACCAUUUUCAUGUUGGUUUUUCUGUGACCAUAUUCUGACCACACGGGAUUGACCACAUUCCCCACUGUGUUCAGGACCUCAAGGAAAUCUCUUCGUUGACCACGAACAUUACAGUUGACGAGGACUACUGCUAAAGGAAAACUAGCAGGCCUGCUAGCUGUGUCCAUGUGUACGACCGCUAACCAAACGCUACCCUCGCUCAACAACUCCCUGGCUAUGCUCCGAUUCUCCUCCCUUUUCUAGAAGUGUGCACUAGCACCCCCGUCAAUCAUUUAAAACAUAGGAUUGGUGUAGCUUCACAUUGGCUGGAGGUAAUUACCCACCAUUUUCAAAAUCAUGUGUUCUUGUUCUCUACUGCUACUGAGAGCUUCACUUAUCCUCUAUGUCUUUGUGGAUGUGGCCCAAAUGGAGCCCUAUUCCCUAUCUAGUGCACUACUUUAGACCAGAACCCUAUUCCCUAUAUAGUUUACUACUUUGGACCAGAACCCUAUUCCCUAUACAGUGCACUACUUUAUACCAGAACCCUAUUGUAGUACACUACUUUAGACCAGAGCCCUAUUCCCUAUAUAGUGCACUACUUUAGACCGGAACCCUAUUCCCUAUAUAGUGCACUACUUUUGACCAUAGUGCAUAGAGUGCCAUUUGAAAGCUCAGCGCUGUGGUACAGUAUGACCCUCAGCAGCCACCGUACUUCACUGUUGGCCAGCACAGUUUAGUUUAGUUCAGCAUGUUCCUACCAAAUCACCCAUGGAGACAUCUUGUUGAUAACAUCUUGCAUAACUAAACCAUUUAUAUUAUAGAUCUAAUCCGUGUCAAAAUAAGUGACAUUUACACAGAUUUACACACACGCACACACACACACACACACACACACACACACACACACACACACACGUUCCUCCCAGAGCGUUCUAUCUCUGCCCUCUCAGGCCAGGACAGGACUAGAUCAGAACACCCCAGAGAACAGACUCAGCUGUGGAACAACGGGACAUUCCAGAUUGUUGCCAGGUCUGUCUGGCAUUCUGACAGACAUUUCUGGAACCCCCGAGGAUUAUGGGACUGUGGAGGACUGGACCUCUCACCGUCUCUCUGAGAGGAUUAUGGGUAGUUUGUUUGGGUGCAAUUUUUUUGGGAGGGAAUAUUGAGUUUCACCAUGAACUGUUGGCCCCAUUUGAGUGGACAGACAGAGUAACAGACAGACAGAGUAACAGACAGACUCACAGACAGACUGUAUAAAAUGUAAGUUAUUCAGGUUCUAUAAGGACAGCCAACCUACCGACCACCAAUCAGACAUAAGGAUGCAUCAUACCAGCUCUUACCUCCAGGGGGACUAUAAGGGAUGGGGUACACCCCUCCCCCCUUUGCCCUCUUCCUCUUUUCGUUGACCCGACAUAUUCUGUCAGAAUGUCUGUAUCGUUGUGGACUAGCGCUAUGGACUAAUGGAGACAUUACAAUGUCUGUACAUAUAGAUGGUGAAGAUACAAGGUUUUCUGUUUUUGUGGAUGUUUUAUUCUGUGACCUCACCGUGCAGGAAAACCUCUAGAUCGUAGGUCCGGGAGAAACUCCUAUGCUUGUGAUCUAUCCCAGCGUUUCUCAGACUAAUCAGAGCUUGAUGAUGCAAAAGGCUAAUACCCAAUAGGCUGAUCUGUCCUCGCUGAACCCACGUACAGUGCGUGAGGUCUAGAGCGUCGUCAUCAUGAGUAGGGCCUGUAUUCACAAAGCAUCUCCUGAGUGGCGCAGUGGUCUAAGGCACUGUAUCUCAGUGCCAGACGCAUCACUACAGACACUCUGGUUCGAAUCCAGGCUGUAUCACAACUGGCUGUGAUUGGGAGUCCCAUAGGGCGGCACACAAUUGGCUCAGCGUCGUCCCAGUUUGGCCUGGGGUAGGCCUUCAUUGUAAAUAAGAAUUUGUUCUUAACUGACUUGCCUAGUUAAAUAAAGGUUUAAUUUCAGAGUAUGAAUGCUGAUCUACAAUCAGGUCGUCCAUGUAAUCUUAUGUGUUAUGUUCUGAAAGGCAAACCUGAUUCUAGAUCAACACUCCUGCUCCUAUUCUUAGACGUAUUGUGAAUACGGGCCCUGGAUAGGUCCCAUGGGCAGGGUAAUCUCCUGUCUCUAGCCUACUCAUGACGUGAUAUCUCCAUCAUGUGUAGAAUGUACAUACCAAGUUGUAAAUCAGAGAAGAACAGGAAUGAAGUAUGUUGUUCUGUGUUCCGUUAGAAGUCAACAACAUGAUUCGAAAGAUUCUACUGAUUAAAAGAGAAGAUGACCAACUGAC